AUGCCACGUAUCAUCCUUCUGGGGACCCUUGACACCAAGCGUGCAGAAAUUCUAUAUAUCUACAACCAGCUACAGCAUAUUGCCACCCGCUUCUCGACGCCUCUAGAGAUUACCUUGAUUGACUGUGGCCGUCAAGCCAUUAACGACGAUGCCAUCACCAUAAGUCACACCGACCUGAUAUCCAAGUAUGCAUCCGGCGACAGCACCGAUCUAUUGACCCAGCCCCGGGGACAAGUGAUUGAACUCCUCAUCAGCUGCGUCAGUAAGUGUGUCACCGAAUUACUGCGAACUACGGAGGUUCACGGAAUCAUUGGUGCUGGGGGUAGUGGAGGAACCAGUCUGAUCACCGCCGUAAUGAGGAACGCUGCACCUCUUGGCCUUCCCAAACUUGUCGUCAGCACAGUCGCGUCCGGGGAUACAGGACCGAUGGUAGGCGAGUGCGAUAUCACAUUGAUGUACUCGAUCGUGGACAUCGCGGGCACAAAUCGGCUCCUCCGUGAAGUGCUGGGGAAUGCGGCUGGCGCCAUUUUUGGCAUGGCAUCCACAUAUCAACAUAGGCUGGAUGAACGCCGGACCCGAAGUCUGCAGGAUAAACAGCGAGAAGAGAAGAAAACUCGAGUCGGUAUUACCAUGUUCGGGGUGACCACCCCGUGUGUGGAUCGUGUGAGACGUCACUUGGAAGAGAACUAUUCUGUAGAGGUCUACGUUUUUCAUGCGACUGGCCAUGGGGGAAAGGCUAUGGAACGAUUGGUGGAGGACGGCUGUCUAGACGCCAUCUUGGACAUCACAACGACGGAGAUCUGCGACCUCAUUGCCGGUGGGACUAUGAGCUGCGAAACCAGCCGCCUAGAGAUGACACUGAAGCGCGGAAUACCCAAUAUCAUUUCCAUUGGAGCCACGGAUAUGGUCAAUUUUGGUCCAGUCGACACUGUGCCACGCCAAUACCGUGAUCGCAAGUUGCUAGUCCAUAAUCCGAGUGUGACCCUGAUGCGAACCUCUGCAGCCGAAUGUCGGGAAGUCGGGGAUUUCCUUCUCGACAAACUAAACCGGUUUGCCCAGGACCAAAGUAUGGUUGAGGUGUGGCUUCCUAGGGGAGGAGUGAGUAUCAUUGGGACGGUAGGGUCGGAAUUUGCCGAUGCCGACGCUGAUGCCGCCCUUGCUGACACUCUACGCUCCGGGCUAAAGGGCAGCAAAAUCCGAGUGGUAUCGGAUGAGCGAGAUAUAAAUGACGAUGGAUUUGCACUAGACAUUGCGGAUCGGCUUAUGGCUCUCGUGGCGAAGCAUUCUUGCAGUGUCAUAGCGAGCUAG